AUGGAAUUAAAUGACUCUCAACCAGGAAUGCAACCGCCGGUUACACAGCAACUUUUAAUAACACCAGGUGGAACAAAACAUUGGAUACCACAAUGCGACGAAUCGAUUAAACCGUAUCAAGGACAAAGAUUCCGGGAAUUACAUGAAGCGGUGAACUUCUACAAGACUUAUGCUCUUAACGUUGGAUUUGAUGUGAGGCAUAGCACGUUGGCGAAAUCACGUGACCAUACGGUUAUUUGGAAAUACCUCGUGUGCUCGCGAGAGGGUUACAAGAAGCGUGCAGUCAUCAGUCCUAUGGCACAUGCUAAAGGACACGGCACCAACAAGCAGAAGAAGCCAAAAUUCAACAAUGUGAAAUUUAGGCUUUGA